GAAAAAUGGUCGAUCUUUAGCAUUUUUAUAUUUCAAAUUCAUAAUGUUUUUUUUAUCUUUCACAAAUCAUACGUAUUGCAGCUUAAUGCCUUUAACAAAACUAAAUCAGUCUACAAUUGACCUGAAAAUUGAUUGUACAGAUCUAGAUAGUUUUAAUAAAUGAUUUUUUAAAAUCUUGUCUGAACAUACCAUGUGAAGAUAAACACAAGCUGUGAAUGAAGGAGAAAAUCUGAUUGGUUGAAAAUUUCAAAAUGUUUCUGACUUGUCUAGAACGCUUAGUUAAAGUUGUUAUGGCGUUAUUUUAAUGUAUUCAUGCUUGUAUUGUUAAUUUUUUUGUUAAAUAAUUGUGAUAUUUUAUAGAAUGGCGUCUGCUGGAGCUAUGUCAAAUAAUGUAGAAAACCUCUCCCCACAAAUAAUAAGAGGGGUUGUAAAAGAAAUGCAAGAUCUAGUCAAUAAUCCUCCUGAAGGUAUAAAAGUUCAAAUCAAUGAAGAAGAUGUGACUGAUAUUCAAGCUUUUAUUGAUGGACCAGCAGGUACUCCAUAUUUUGGAGGUGUAUUUAAAGUUAAACUUACACUUGGCAAAGGUUUUCCACAGGAACCUCCUAAAGCUUAUUUCCUGACAAAAAUUUUUCAUCCCAAUGUAGCUGCAAAUGGAGAAAUUUGUGUAAACACUCUUAAGAAGGAUUGGAAAUCAGAUCUCGGAAUUAAACAUAUACUAUUGACUGUAAAGUGUCUUCUCAUUGUACCAAAUGCUGAAUCUGCACUAAAUGAAGAAGCCGGUAAAUUACUUUUGGAACAUUAUGACGACUAUUCUCAAAGGGCAAAAAUGAUGACAGAAAUUCAUGCACAGCAACAUAAAUGUAAGGGUUAUCCUGGUGAAGGUCCGCUUGCCAAAAAACAUGCAGGGGAUAAAAAACUAACAGCAGAAAAGAAAAAAAUACUUAAAGACAAAAAGAGAACUUUAAAACGUUUAUGAGGUUAUGUUGUUUGAUAUGUUUUUGAAUGCUUAUAAUUAUUUUUAAAAAAGCAUGGAAUUAUGUAUUAAUUUUGAAUGAGAUGAAUGAUUUUAAUUUUUAAUGAUCAUAUUUUUUUAAUGAGAUAAUUCCAUAUACUUACACUGAAAUAGAGUUAUUAAGCUAUGUGAAGAUAUUUUUAAUUUUAUAAUAUUUGUAAUAACUGAUUUUUUUAAUUGAAAUAAACUUGUUUUAGUACUAUUGAGAUAAGUAGUAGAAUUAUCUAACAUUUUUUCAAUAUUUUAACAAUAAAUUCAUAUCACAUUCUGAUAUAUAUUUUUAUGUUUUUACAUAGUUUUCAGUGCCUCUAGAUAGUAAUCAAAUUUAGAGGCAAGAUUUACAACAUUUUGUAUUGAAUCUUUUAAAUAGUAGUUUGACUAGAUUAAUUCAAUAAAACUGUUUCUGCAACGUUGUUAAACCAAUGUGACACUACCAAAAGCGACGUGUUUUUAUAUAUUGAAAAAAAAAAUAGUAAAAGAUAGUCAGUUGGAAGAAGGAAUUAAAGAAAGGAUUUAUUUCUUCCCUUCUAUUAACGGUUUUUGUGGUUCCACCAAUUUAUGCGAAGUGAAUGGUUUUUAUUCCUUUCUUCAUACUCACAAUUAACCGUUACGUCAAUAAAAUGAAAAAAUUUGACACGUAGCGAAUUGCCUUUUACUCUCUUCUAAUCUGUGGUUCAAUUGAUUUCUAAAUUCGCAGUAAUACUCGACUGUAAUUUCUCUUGAAUUGAGAUUUUAGAUAUCGAAAGAUUUUACGUAUAAUCAAAUACCAAACUACAUAUUCUCUUUGUUGACACAAUGCCGAAAUUUCUUCUUGUUCACCAACAAUUGAUGCUUCAAUUGGUUUCUAAAUUCAAAGUAAUGACACGUAAAUAUAUUUUGUUGCUAGAAAAGAAAAUAAUUGCUGACAUUCUAUUUUCAAUAUCCUUAUACUUUUAGAAUCAAUUAAAAUUAUUGUUUCUUGUAAAAUAUAAUUAUAUAAUAAUUUGAAUUCUGUUUUAGUGUAUGUAUGCAUUUCAAUAAAAUUUGAAUAUUUAAGUUUAUUUUUUUCAAUUUUUUUUUACAAUUUGAUUUUGACAAUGGUUUUCCAGUGAAUUGCGAUAGACAUUGGAUUCCCAUAAAAAUAACAUGUAGUUAUUCAUUGGAAAAUCAGAUUGAUCUUGAAAUCCCAAUUAUGAUUUAUUAAUGUUUAUAAAAUAUUUUUUUUGCAAUUGAAGGGGUUAUAAGGGAUAAUCAACUUUGUUCAAAACCUUAAAAGUAACUUCAGAAUGCUGUACCUUUUAAAAAGGUACACAAACGGUUAAAGAACCUAUAAUCUAUUUAUUUCUCAAUCUCAUGGAGUUGGCUUUCUUAUUUUAAAGCAAUUGUCAUACCAUUGAGUCCCUUUAUUGGCCACAUAAAGUUACAACUUGUAGAAAAAAAAAAACAAUAUGCAGAUGUGUGUUUAUUCCUGAACCUCUUCUUUGCCUUUGAAAUAUUUUGUUUUAUGUUUACGAGUAGAUUUCUUUAUAAAUUUUGUUAAUUUUUUUUUAAAGACUGCUGAAAUUUAUUUUUCUUUUAUUCAAUUUUUAAGUAAGGACUAUAAAUAGCAUAUUUUGACAGAAAAAAUGAAAUCUUGGCAAAAACUAUGUUUAUUAUUUUAUUGAAUUAUUUUUAAUUUGAAACAUAUGCAAACAAAAAUAGUAUUGAAGGAUUAAGGCUAAUAAUUUUGAUAUUAAGUAAUGCCAUUUUGGCAAAAUGUGGUCUUCAGUAAGUUAGUAUCUACGAGGAUGGAUGAAAGAAAAAAUAUAUGACAUGAUAUGUAUCUUUAAAACAUUUUCAAUAUUAUAUUAAUAUAUAAGUUUAUCAAUAUUUUUUGAGGCUAAGAAUUCAAGUUUCAGUAAAUUAGUUUAAUUGUUUGUCACGACUUGUAUCACAAAUCCAAAUAUUUUUAUUAAAUUUCCCCUAUUAGACCUUAUCCUUUAUUGUUCUAAAUGCCUGUAAUUCAUAUUCUACGCAGACUUGUACAAAAGAACUUACUAAAUGUGUAUGUAAUAUAUUAAUUUAUAUCCGUUUUCUUUUUAUUUUGUAGGUGUAGCACUAUGCACCACAGUGCAAUUGAUUUCACGUUUUCUAUCAAGUUUAGAAUGUGUUUUUGUGUAGUUUGUGAAGUUAUUUAUUAAUAAAUUUAUUACUCUGAGAAA